CUUCGUCGCUUCAGUCUGAGCUUGUGCGGUCCUGUGAACACAACGCGGCGGUUUAACGGUACAACGGAACGGUAUAACGGUACUUCGGGUGAAAGCUGGGCGCUAGGUGCCAAAUGUAGGGGAAAAUUGCAUGUGCCAUUAAUGUGAGGAUAUUUGUGUGAGGAUAAAACCACUGGAUUUUCACCACCUCUCCCCCGAAAGUCCAGAAAGCUGCCUUCUGCGGGGCCAGAAAAGUCUUGAAAUUUCUGGCCACGUGUUAUCCGGUGUUCCGUUUCAUUUUUUCUUAAUUUUUGAAAUCAACGUUUGUUAUGCAAAUUAUCGCAACAACAAAGAUGUGGACAUCCAGCGUCCAAUCUCCAAAAAACACAUAAAAAAGAGGAACGAAAACUCUGAAACUGGAAGAGAUACUCAGUUUUCUUUUUUUAUAUUUGGAUGCUGCUCCUGCUGCUGUACACAGACAAUGACAGAAAUUUGUCAUCACACACACACAUAAGAACCGCACGCACAGAGAGCGUAGAACAAAGGCAACGGGAAAAAGAUAAAUAAGCUUAGGAGCAGGGAGUGCGAGCGGGAGAGGAAGUGUGGAAGCAAGGGGGCGAGUGCGUCCUCCGCCCCACUCACUCACGCACUUGACUGAACAUUAAACUCUCUAGUUUUUUGUGCAAAGAUGGAGAUUUUGGACCGUUAUCCUCGCCGGCAGCCGCAUAUCGUCGGCAUCUACGUGUUCCAGCUACACACACAGCUGUAAAAUCCGCAUUCGCAUUCGCAGUCGCAUCCGCCAUUCGCCAUCCGCAAUUUUUGACAGCUGUCAGCGUGAAAGAACGCGUGUGUGCGUGUGUGCUGGCACAGUUAUUUCCACUUGGCGGCAAGGUCAGCGCGACAUGCAAAUUGAAAAGCGCCGCUCGGGCAAAAACAAAGGCCAUAGAAUGCCCACCACCACCAACAACAACGACAUCAGCUACGGAAAGAAAAACGACAACAACAACAAUAAUAGCAAGAACAACAUCAUCUAACGAAAAUGUUUGAGAAAUAUGUCGCCACAUAUGUGCGCGCGUGUGAGCAAGUGAAAUUAAAAUUCCCGCAUGCCUAAUGAAUUCGCCCGCUCGUUCGCCGUCCCUCUCCCACGACAACCGUUAUGCGUGUGUGUGCCAGUGUGUGUGCGUGUGUGUCACUGACUUCGGAAUGACAACAAAAGCUACAACAACAUUAGCAGCUACAACUAAAACAAUGGCUUGCUAAGCUGUCUGAGUGAGUGAAAAAAAGUAUAGAAGAAGAAGAGCAAGAGAACGACCAAGAGAGAAAGAGAGCGAGAGAGAAAGAUAGGUGAAGAAAGGACGAAAGCAAAAGUGAAACUUGCAGCAAAGAAAGGAGGAGUGGCCAGAGCGAAGGACACUGGGUGCUGGGAGCAGAAGGAUCGGCGGCCAAGCGACGACAAUCGUUGGUAUGUCCACAGCCAAAAGGCUGGUGCUCUCGCUACGUGGACGCAAGAAUUCGCAGGGCAACUCGGCGACCUCCUCCACCCGCCUGGUAUCCGCCGGCACCUCGCCCGGCCAUGAGCUGGAUGAAAUAGCCGUGGUCUCGGGCACAGGAUCCAGCAGUCACCACUUCUCCUAUGGCGGCUGCCUUGCCACCGGCGACGCGCCUCUGCCGCGCUACUCAACAGCUGCCACGCCCACUUUGAGGCGUUCAACGGCCAUAGAUGGUGAUGCAGAUGCAGAUGCAGACGCAGAAGCAGAUGGUAAUGACAACGAAAACCAUGUCAAUGGUUAUAGCGAUGAUGAUGACGAUGAUGAACGAUGGCUGAGAGCUCCGAGGGCUCAGAAGGUUCAGAAGGCUCAAACUCAGGCUUAUGCCGCUCACAAUGACAGGCCGCAGACCAAAACAACAGGCGCAAUACGUCAAAACAACAACGGCAGCAACAAGAGCAACAGCAAGAGCAACACCAACUGCAACAGCAACUGCAACAGCAACUGCAACAGCAGCAGCCACUGCAACAACAGCAGCAACAAUUACAAAUCAGCAACAACAUCUCAGUCAAACAUAAACCAUAGAUUAGCGCCGAGGGCUAGCUUUCCGGAGAUAAUGCAGCCACGCCUGUCGCUCAAUGGGCUGCUCAACCCCUCGCUGAUGCCCUCGCCCCGCCCCCUCUAUCGGGAUCACAGCUCGAGGUCAAUCAACCCACUGACCGCCUAUGAGCAGCAGAUGGCCGAGCUGGAUGGCAGCUUCUAUGCGAGCAAUGCCGGCUAUUUGGGUGCCGGAAUGGGCGGCAGUGCCGGCGGUGGCACCACCUGUACAAAUCUCACUGUGGGCGGUGGUUCGUCUGGUGGCGGUGCAUUGGCAGGUGGUGGUGGUACUGCAACCCAAGUGGGUGGCAGUGGCAGUGGACAUGGCGGUGGAGGUGGUGGUGUUGGUGCCGCCAUACACACAACCGAACUCUCAAUUACACCCACAAUGGCCGGCGAUGAGCAGUUCAUCGAUCUGGGGAGCCUGCGUCGCUUCUCGAUCGAUCGCCAGAGCUUUCUCGAUCUAGGACCAAAGUUUGGCAUGACCCAGCCGAAAUUCGGGCAGAGUGUCUCGCAACAAGGUUUCUUCACAUCGCACGACAGCCUGGCCACACCAUGCGCCUCCAGGGCCUCAAACUCGCACAUGGCCACCGUAAGCACUGCCUCAGAAAUGGAUCUUCUGCACAACAAGCAACGCAACAAGUCGCGGGGUCGCCUGAAAACGGCUGCCAGCGGCGAUCAGCCGCUCCUGGGCACAUGGAACCGAUCCACGGGACGCGGCUCGCAGGAUAACACGCUGGCCGGCGGCGGAGCCACCAGUUUGGCCAUGGGCGGCCACAACCAGUACGGUGGCAACUACUGCAACGGCACAGAUCGCUACCCGCGCUCCCGAUCGCAGCAGCAGGGGCACCACAAUGCCGCCCAGCAGGCGCACCACCCCUACCAGCUGCAGCACUCGGCCUCCACGGUGUCGCACCACCCGCACGCACACGGUCCACCCUCGCAGGGUGGCCCUGGUGGACCAGGACCGCCCCACGGCGGCCAUCCGCAUCAUCCGCACCACGGUGGCGGGGGGGGUAGUGGACCAGGCUCUCAUGGUGGACAGCCGCAUCACCAGAAGCCACGGCGAACGGCCUCACAACGGAUUCGAGCCGCAACGGCGGCCAGGAAGCUGCACUUCGUCUUUGAUCCGGCGGGGCGACUGUGCUACUACUGGUCCAUGGUGGUGUCCAUGGCCUUUCUGUACAACUUCUGGGUGAUAAUCUACCGCUUCGCCUUCCAGGAGAUCAAUCGGCGCACGAUCGCCAUCUGGUUCUGUCUGGACUACCUGUCCGACUUUCUGUAUCUGAUCGAUAUACUGUUCCACUUUCGCACCGGAUACCUGGAGGACGGGGUGCUGCAGACGGACGCACUCAAGCUGCGCACCCACUACAUGAACUCGACGAUCUUCUACAUCGACUGCCUGUGCCUGCUGCCGCUGGACUUUCUCUAUCUGUCCAUCGGCUUCAAUUCGAUCCUGCGCAGCUUCCGGCUGGUGAAGAUCUACCGGUUCUGGGCAUUCAUGGAUCGCACCGAGCGGCACACCAACUACCCGAACCUGUUCCGGAGCACAGCCCUCAUCCACUACCUGCUUGUGAUAUUCCAUUGGAACGGCUGUCUCUACCACAUCAUUCACAAGAACAAUGGGUUCGGAUCGCGCAACUGGGUCUACCACGACUCGGAGUCGGCGGACGUGGUCAAGCAGUAUCUGCAGAGCUACUACUGGUGCACCCUGGCCCUGACCACCAUCGGGGAUCUGCCCAAGCCGCGCUCCAAGGGCGAGUACGUCUUUGUUAUCCUCCAGCUCCUCUUUGGCCUGAUGCUCUUCGCCACGGUGCUGGGGCAUGUGGCCAACAUUGUGACGUCAGUGAGUGCAGCGCGCAAGGAGUUUCAAGCCAAGCUGGAUGGCGUGAAGACGUACAUGCGGAUGCGACGUGUGCCGAAUCAUCUGCAGGUGAAGGUCAUCAAAUGGUUCGAUUACCUGUGGCUUACGCAAAAAUGCUCGGACGAGGAGCGCGCCGUGUCCUGUCUUCCUGAUAAAUUAAAGGCUGAAAUAGCAAUUAACGUCCAUUUAGAUACGCUCAAGCGGGUGGAGAUUUUCCAAAACACUGAGGCCGGUUUCCUAUGCGAACUGGUGCUGCGCCUGAGGCCCGUGCUCUUCUCGCCCGGCGACUACAUCUGCAGAAAGGGCGAGGUGGGCAAGGAGAUGUACAUUGUGAACCGAGGACGAUUGCAGGUGGUGGCCGACAAUGGAAAGACGGUGAUGGCCUCCCUGAAGGCUGGUUCCUAUUUUGGCGAGAUUAGUAUACUCAAUAUGGGCACCGCAGGUAAAGAACUUGGCAACCGACGCACAGCCAGCGUUCGCUCAGUGGGAUACAGCGACCUCUUCGUCCUGAGCAAGAAGGACAUGUGGGACGUGCUGAAGGAGUAUCCGGCGGCGCGUGUUCGUCUGGAGUCGAUAGCCGUCAAGCGAUUGGAGAAGUACAAGAAGGCCCCGCUGGAGAAAGUCAAAUACUUUAAUGUAGUUGCCAUGGGCCGUUGCCAAUCGACGCCGGGCCUGGUCGAGAGCUGUGGUCGCACGUCUCUGGAGGAGAUGUGGCUGCCACCGGCGACGGCCGCCGCAUCCUCGCUGUUGCACCACCACCAGGCGCUCCAGCAGCAGCAUCUGGCAUCCCAGCAGCAGCCGCAUCGACAGGAGUCCACACAAACCUCCUCGCAGACACAUGGAUACAGUCCCCGCAGCUAUGCCGAUCGUUUAGUCCGUGCCACGGACUCCCCCAGAUCGGUUAGCCCCAGUGCCCAUGGGUCCGAGGAACGACCACGUAGUCGAACGACUUCGCAUCACUCAAUAAGGCCGCAAUCGCAACCCAGCCACACGGGUCACAUUUGCGACUCCAGUUCGCAGCUGGAGUGCUAUGGAGCAGGUGUGGGCGGUGCUGGUGGUGGAACCACGCCCCUUUUGGGCUCCCACGAAGUUCUCGAGGAUGAGAUCAAGCGGCUGAGGGAACGCCUGCACACAGUGGAAUCGGAGAAUCAGGCCCUGAACACGAAACUCUCGCAGCAGCAAUGGGAUCUGGAGAAUCGACUGGCCGAGAUUGAGAUGCAAAUCUGCGGAGUGUCGUCGACGUCCAGUGUGGAUCCCGAGAAUGAGACGGAGGAGCUGGAACGGAACAGAGAGAGUAUCAUUUAACACGGGAGCGUGCUGCCCCAUCAGGCGAUCGGAGCAGCAGCAGCUAUACAGCAGCAGGAGGAUCGCAGGGAUCGGGAGAGGAAGGAUGAAGGGCGACCAAUCGAGAGGGAAGCGGGAAACGAGUCCUAUGCCAAAUACUUCUCGCUUUAGAGAUCCACUCAGACAGAGAGAGAGAUAGAGAGGGGAGGACAGGGCGCCAGAUAAGCCCAAUCCCCAAGAUGUGCAAUUAAUGUCUCUUAUGAUUAUGAUCAUAACGCCACACCAAGAGUAAAAAAAAUAAAGCCGAAAAUGGCACUGCCAAAGAAAAUUGUCUGUACAUAGGAAUGAUGGAAGUUCAGAUCAAAAAAUAAGCAAAACGAUUGUAAUUGGUUUAGCUAUGCACGAUGGAUCGGAAAGCUUUAAUAGAUUAUCCGAGAGAGAUCUUUUUUCAGAACCCCUACAAACUUGUUACCCAACACCUAUACACCUAUACACACUUUUUCCAUACUAAGCUCAGAAAUAGAUUGAGAUUUACAUAGAUAUAUCAUUAGGCCUAGACGCUCUUCGCUCCUUUUACUGGCAACUAAGCCAAAUCGAAACGGGUAUUCGAAUUCCCAUUGUAAAUAACUUCGCUCUAGGAACUCAAUUAGCAUUAUGAUCAAUGAUCAAUGACAUAAGAAUCGAUCAUCUGAAUAAAUAACUAAAGAUUACUUUAAACUCAUGAGUGUAACAAAUGAAUCCGUAUAUCUAUUGUAAUAUUUGCUAACUGUAAUUUGAAAAAUUAAAUUUACUAGAUGUGUAUAUGGGAAACGAUUUACUUUACAACUGAAAAUAAUGCAUAAACAAUUUAUGGACAACUAAGUGAAUAUUUGCAAAAUAUUUGUACUAUUGGAAAAGAACUGCCAGAGCAUACACCACACACUCGAAAAACUAUAUUAAUAAUAAUAAUAAUAACAAUAAACAACAAAAGAGAAACUUAAAAGAAAGCGCUAUAGACAUUUAACAAUUGAUAAAACCAAUAUUAAUGGGUAAAUAUGUCAAAAAGAAAACACUUUUAAUGCAAUAUUAAAUUGUACUACUGUCGUAUAUAGCAUCUACAUUAUACAUGAUCUAAAUUAAACUUGAUAUGGUAACAAUUUAAAGGUCUAAAUGUAUUUAACUUUAGUUAGUUGCCCCAAGAGCCAAACCAAUGCUGAAGAUUGUAGUUGAGAAAAACCCAAGAUUAAGUUAGGCAAGAAGGUUCUGUAGCAGAACACAGAACGCAGUUCGAGAAUCCCCAUAAUAUGGGGGCUGCGAUAAUAAAUUAUAAUAAUAAUUAAUUUAGCUGUAACUCUAGUUAUACCUAGUUAUACCAUUAGAUGUGUACCAGAGAAGACCAAAAAAAAAAAAAGAUCGAAUCUCGAUCGAAUAUGAAAAUUGUUCAGUGUCAGCUCCCGGAAUAUUGAAAAAAGGCAAACUGAGUUGAUAAUGAAACCUAAUAAUUAUAUAGCUAACUCGAUUAAGAACCUCAAAUUUACAGAAUCAAGAAUGAGCUGGCGUUUGAGCCAGGAUACGUUUGAGUAUCUGCCGAGAAAACGGAAACUGGAACGAAUCUCAUUUCAUGCCAACGAUGAUAGGCCAAAAAAGCUUAAACAAAUUUAAGCUCAAAUUUUGUUACCAUUUUUCUUAGAUUUUUGUCAAUGAGCUAAUGUUAUUUUCUAUUUUCUAGAGAACAAAUAGAUGAAGAAUUCUUUUUCAUAUUUUUCAACCUAAUUACUUUUCGGAAUAUCAUAUAAUGGAUUUAAAAUUAAUUAAUAAUUACAAUAAACAUUAAAUGGGGUUUCAUCUAAGACAAAAGCUUAUACCAAACUAAGAAAAGUGUUAAACGAAAGCUAACGAAAACUUGUAAAAGUCAAUCGUAGUUUUUGAUUCCUUAGUUAGCCAAUUAUUGCCAAAGUUAAAGUUGAAUAAUAUAACUUAAUUGUAUUACAUUUUUAUGGCUUUUUAGCACGCUUAUCACGGGGCAAAGGCUCCGGCCCUUGUUAGAAUUAUUCAUUCUUAUUUCUUCAAUGUUUUUCGUUAGAGCGCGUAUAUAGACAUAUAUCUAUUUGUUAUUGAACGUAAGAUACAAGGAACUACAUCGAUUCGGUUGUGUUGUUGUCGCCAGGUGCAGGUGGUGAAAUUCCAGGAAGCUGGCGAGUUUAAAUGGCUUACAUAAUUUACUUAUUAAAUUAUUUGGUGCAUGAGAUCUAUGAAACAAAGAAAAGAAAUGAAAAGAAAGCAAAAGAAGAACAUUCAUAGCUUUAUUUUGACUAUAUUUAAUUAAUUAAUUUAUAAGAACUAAAUUGAAUAAAUUAAUUCAGCAUUGACUUCAUAGCAAAAACACACAGAGAAAACAGCAUAGUUCUCAGAUCAUCGGGCAAGAAAAGGCAUUUUUUAAUCGGUCACUAUAAAUCAGAUCAGAUCAGACAAGACCCCGAUUUGCAGCAGGUAAAUCGAGCUUAUCGUGCGAUAGUUUCAAAGCCGUUUACAUUGCUAAACCACUCUGGAAAAUCUGAAAAGGGUAAAAGCAAACACAAAAC